AUGUAUCUCUCUAUCUAUCUCAAUCACUUUAUUAUCUAUCUAUCUAUUACAGCACAUUCAUAUCUAUCUAUCUAUCUAUCUAUCUAUCUAUUUGUUAGGCAAGAUGCUCGAAUUAUUGUUGGUGUGUUUUACGAAGACAUGGCCAGAAGAGUGUUCUGUCAGGCUUAUAAGGAAAAGUUAUAUGGAAAGAAGUAUGUAUGGUUUAUCAUUGGUUGGUACCCAGACAAUUGGUAUAUGGCUAAUGAUGAUUCAAUCAACUGUACUGCUGACCAGUUGAAAGAAGCACUGGAAGGACAUUUUACAACAGAAGCCAUGAUUCUUAACCAACAAGCCACAAAAACUGUUUCAGAUAUGACAUAUCAAGAAUACAAAACUCGUUUGGACAAUGCCCUGAACGUUUCAGAUACAAGCCAAGUCCCUGGCUAUCCAGAGACUCCCCUUGCCUAUGAUGCCCUCUGGGCUGUGGCACUGGCACUCAACAAGACUGCUACCAGGCUUGCAAGAAAGAACUUAACAUUGGAUGAAUUUGACUAUAACAAAAAGCAUAUCACUGAUGAAAUCUAUGCUGCUAUGGACAACACUAGCUUUUCUGGUGUAUCAGGAAAUGUGGCAUUUUCAUCUGAAGGAGAUCGAAUUGCUCUGACCCAGAUUGAACAAAUGAUCAAUGGAACCUAUCAUUUAAUGGGUUACUAUGAUUCAGUCAAGGACAAUCUCACCUGGUUUGACAAAGAACAAUGGUUAGGUGGAAAACCCCCUCCAGAUCACACUCGAUUCAUUAGGUCCUUAAGAGUUGUGGCAAGAGGAUUAUUUUUCAGCAUGUGUGUCCUGUCUUUCCUUGGUAUAAUGGCUGGCAUGAUAUGCAUGUCUUUCAACAUUGUGCACAAACACAGAAGAUCAAUUGUUUACUCGCAUGCAGGUGUGAACAAUGUCAUGGUGGUGCGUAAAUGGGAGCUCUUAUUGGUUUUAUUUUGUCUGCUGGUGAUUGACAUCAUUGUCUUGGUAGCAUGGCAGGUCUUAGACCCCUUAUAUCGACAUCUAGAGACAUUCCCACCUGAAGAACCAAAACAUACAACAGAAGACAUAAUGUUGGAGCCAUAUUUAGAACACUGUAGCUCCAAGAACAUCAACAUAUGGUUGGGUAUCAUGUUUGGUUACAAAGGAGUCCUGCUUAUAUUUGGUUUAUUCUUAGCCUAUGAAACUCGAAGUGUCAAAUUGAAACAAGUUAACGACUCUCGAUUUGUCGGCAUGAGUAUAUACAAUGUGUCGGUGUUAUGUGUAAUCACAGCGCCAAUUACUCUUAUUAUUAACAGUCAGCAAGAUGCAACGUUUGCUUUUGUCUCCCUCGCCAUAGUCAUGUGUAGUUUUCUCUCAAUGGGACUUAUUUUUGGACCAAAAAUUGUCGAUGUUCUGCACAACCCUCACCAAGAAGGAAUGGAAAUCCGGGCAUUAACAGAUUCACUGGCAAGUCGAGAAGAAGAAGAACGAUAUCAACGCCUUCUGGCUGAAAAUGAAGAAAUAAAAAAGACGAUAGCCCAGAAAGAAGACAGACUGAAAGAACUUAAUGAUAAGCUGAAAAAGGCUCAACAGCAAAUGUUGGCCAUGAAAAAAGAGAACAAUAUAGCCCUGCAGAUGGGAGACGGAACCCUGGGUAAUUUCAGUAACAGACAACUCCCAGCAACUACUUGUAACAACAGUAACCAGAUACCCCAAGCUACAUCAACAAUCCUUAAGAGCCCACCAUCUCCACCAAAGUCAGAAAUGCCUCUCGGAACAAUCCAGAACGGACAAAAGGGUGGCCAGAUAAUUGUAGAUUUGAAUUCAGAUUCUGGACUUGCCAGUGGACCCAAAAGUUGUCUCACGUCAACUUCAGAUUUGGACCCAUUCUGUUGA